AUGGAGCUUGAUUUCCUUUCACCUAAGGCAAAAGAAAUAAACAAGAAAAAGUUAAGUCUAUUGUGUUCAUUGAAAAAUUAGAAUAUUGAAUGCAAUGAUCCAAUUAAUGAAAAUGUUUCCUUUAUUAAAAAACUUACUAUAGAUCAUCCAUUAAAUGAGAUUAUAAAAGAAUGUCAGAAUAAUGUAAGAGAGGGUUUCUUAACUCCAUUGACUAAUGUAAGAUUUAAAUAUAAUUUAAGAGGUCUUCCAUUUCGAUUGAAUUUACUGCGAACAUGUUUGUUGAAGAAAUAUUAGAUAGUAUAAAAUUUAAGCAUCUAAAAAUACUGUAAUUGGAUGAACUAAUUAAUAAUUUAAAAAACAACAUAGAAAUUAUCCAAUAAAUAGAAAUUAAAUAGUAAUCACAAAAUCUCAAAGAACUUUGUGAAAUCCUAAUACUUAAUUAACCUAACGAUGAUAAUUAUUAAUUGUACUUAGAUAAUCAAAAAUUAUACCCAAAAUAAUGGCAUUCUUUCCCAUUUGAUGCCAAAAAUAAACUAAAUUUUGUUUUAUUUACUUAAUAAAAUAAAAUGUUGGAAUUUAUUUCAUUUGACAUGAUCUAUGUAUCAUAAUAUAGUUAAUCACUAGUAAAUUGGCAAUAAUUGUGUGAAUAUUAAAUAAAAUGAAUACCAUCAGAUACUCCGUAUUAAAUUUCUAGAGGAAUCAAAUGAUCCAAUUAUAUAUGAGUUACAGUAAUUCUAAAAAUAUUAUUAUAGGAUUUCAAUAUAUUUCAAUAUGACUAAUGAUUUAAAAAAAAAGAUGAUCUAAACUUUGAAAGAAGAAAUUUAAGAAAUAGAUCAUAAAAUAUUAGAUAUGAUAGAGGUAAUAAAUAGAAUGUUGGAGCCAUUUUCUAAUAAUGGAUUCAAAUAUUUAAGAUAUUAGGGUAUUAUCGAUAAUGAUACCAUGUUCAAAAAUAGAAAUCACUGUUGUAAUAUUUUCUGA